AUGGAUUCGUUCCAUGAUGGCUCUCUUGCCUCCCCUACGAAGGCCCGCCAGGCCGCUAUUCAGGCAAAAGACUGGGCAUACGUGAACUCCUGGCUCAGCCGACAAUAUGCACCCAAAUUAGUGCCCCAUUUCGAGCGCAAUGAAAAUACCCUUCAAGUUCUCCUGACAUUAGCUGCGGCCAAUGAUGCUGCAGACGAGGAAGCGAAUCUCCAACACCGUGCCCAUGAAGAAGCCGUGCAAACCUUCAAGUUACGUGAAGCAGCCGAAGCAAAUGACCCUCAUGAACGGCAAAAGAAGGAAAUUCUGGACGAAGUCGAGAUGUGCCUUGACGAAAGAGGCAGAAACACUCUAGACGAUCUUACCGAUACAGCAGUUACCCUUGGUGACACCUUGAACCCUACGCCCGAGGAUCUGAGCCAGUCAAUUGUCGAGCUCACAGCAGAAGAGUUCGAUGUGCAAGACCAAAUGGCAAAGGUGGAUAUGCUGCAUCGAUACCUCCAGAAGGAGCUCGUCCGGCUGCAGGAAGACCUAGAAGAGCUCAGGUCUGACAAAGCAUACGAGACACCAGCAGAUACUCAGAGCUUGACGUCGGAGUGGGUGCGCGGCACGAAGGUGCUCAGUACGAAAGUUGGGGAAUAUCAGGACCGCAUUGCAUCACUCGAGCGGAAUCAGCCACGCGGUCCUACCAUUGACGAGCUCAUGGUGGAAGAAGAGCAUGUCAUCCGGUUACGGGAGAUUGUUAGGUCUUUCGAAGGUCGUGUGAAAGCUUUCCAUGAUCUACCCAAGGAUGUGCCAGGAGCUCGAGCACGAUACAGAGAACUAGAGCGCGAGUUAGGCCAGCUCACGCGACAGCGAGAUACAAUGUUUGAAAAUCUUGUCGAGCGUCGAUGA